UGAAUUCAUAUUCUCCUGGAAUUUGGAAGCAAACAAAACCCAGCGUGAUUUUGCCGCCACCGCAAGGCCGAUCAUCUUCCGCCGUCGCCGAUUCUCAUCCCCAACAAAUGGAGACCUCUGCAUCAAACUCACGUCGAUCACCUUUUCGUUACUUCUAUUGUACCUGCUUCAAACGGUGUUGCCGCUGUUUCUGCUGUUUCUACUCUUACCCUUAAGUUCCUAAUCACCGUUGGCUGCUUAAGCGAACUUCAUCGUGCAAGCAGAUCAAUGGUCGAAUCUGAAGAAGUCGUUAAGUCUGACACGGUGCUACGGGAAUUCUAUGAUGAAGAGAGGGACGCGUUGAUUCCAUUUCGGGACUCUAUGAAGUCCAGUUCCAACUUACAUGGGAAUUGGACUGGACCCCCGUGUCGGAAUAAUAUGAGCAGGUGGGAGGGAAUUGGUUGUACCAAUUCCCAUAUCACCCACCUGACUCUAGAAUCAAUUAAUCUGACGGGAUCACUCCCGGUUGCGUUCCUACAGAACGUUACUUUCUUAACGAGGCUUAGUUUUCACAACAAUUCUAUUUCCGGACCUCUUCCAAAUCUCGAUAAUCUCAUGUCACUUGAAUCCAUAUUCCUCUCCGGAAAUCGCUUUUCUGGUCCAAUUCCAUGGGAUUAUAUCCACCUUCCGAAGCUUACUACACUUCAACUUCAGGAAAAUGAGAUAACAGGGGAAAUCCCUCCUUUUGAUCAGGAGUCAUUGACUGCUCUUAAUUUGUCUUACAAUCGGCUUUCUGGACCGAUCCCGGAAACACAAGUGUUAGAUAGAUUCGCCCGUGAUUCGUUUGAUCAUAAUGCAGGGUUGUGCGGGAAGUCUCUGGAGAUACCAUGCCCUGUUUCUCCUUCUCCCCCACCUCCAAAAGACAAGAAGAAACCUCUUAAAGCAUGGACUAUUGUGUUGAUUGCGGCUGCGGCUGCAAUCGUGCCGUUUUUCGUGAUUUUCGUUUUGUUUUGUUGUUACAGAAGAAAAGACACCAAGAAAGAGAAGGAAGAUGAGCAUCCUAAUGAAGUUGUUGUAAGAAAAGGUCAAUGGUCGAGGAGUACUGAUGACCCAGAAAGAACAGCAGAUAUGGAGUUCUUCAACAAACAUAAGCCAAUUUUCGACUUGGAUGAUUUGCUAAGGGCGUCGGCCGAAGUGCUUGGAAAGGGGAAACUAGGCACCACGUACAAGGCGACGCUAGAAUCAGGAUUGACCAUCGCUGUGAAGCGAGUCAAAGAAAUGAAUUAUUUGAGCAGGAAAGACUUUGUACAACAAAUGCAGUUGCUUGGAAAGUUGAAGCAUCAAAACCUUGUGGAAAUCAUCUCCUUUUACUACUCAAAAGAAGAGAAGUUGAUAGUUCAUGAAUUCGUCCAAGAUGGAAGCUUAUUCGAGUUAUUACACGGUUCUAGAGGAAUUGGGAGAAUUCCACUGAAUUGGACAACAAGGGUACAAAUCUUGAAGGAUGUAGCAAAGGGUUUAAUUUUCUUGAACCAAUCUCUAUCUUCUCAAAAAGUGGCUCACGGAAACCUCAAAUCGUCAAACGUACUUGUCUACUUUGCGGGCGAAACCACACAAGCCAAGCUCACGGAUUUCGGCUACUUUCCACUCCUACAAUCGCGAAAGUCCUCAGAGAGAUUGACCAUCGUGAAGUGCCCUGAGUUCAUGGAAGGAAAGAAGCUGACACACGAAGCAGACAUUUACUGUUUUGGGGUUUUGCUAUUGGAGGUGAUCACAGGGAAAGUACCAGGGGAUAAUCACGAGGAUCUUUCGAAUUGGGUUAGAGGUGUUGUGAAUGCAGACUGGUCAAUGGACAUAUUUGACUUGGAAAUAUUAGCAGAUAAAGACGGGCAUGAAGAUAUGUUGAAGCUCGCAGAGUUAGCCCUCGAGUGUACCGAUAUAGCACCUGACAAAAGGCCUAAAAUGACUCAAAUUUUGAUCAGAUUAGAAGAAAUCCACCACCCCCAACUAAACAUAGAGGUUAACUAAUUAUACUCCAGGACCAAAUUCAUGAAAUGACCACUCG